UGGGUGUGUUCAUGCAGUAAGAGCGCCUCCUGCGGAUUUCACAGGCAACAGUCACAGGUCAGAUGAUCAGGUCUGAGCUACAUUGUAAAUACACAGCAGAGAUCCGCCGGGGCCAUGCAUUCAUGGGCUCUUUAAAUCACCUCCAGAGGAGCAGAUUUGUUUUCACUCCCCGCCUUCAGAUACAGUAUUUAUAUUUUUCCACCUCGCCUUGGCGUGUUGAACCACUGAUAGAGUAUGUACCGGUCUCUGUACGCUUUUCGGUCUUCGGAGCCCAACUCGCUGCACUUCGCGGCCGGAGAAAGCUUCCUAAUCCUGGAGAGGAGCAACAAACACUGGUGGCUGGGGUCCCGCUGUAGCUCGGGGGAAACUGGUUACAUCCCGUCCUCAUACAUCGAAAAAGUACAGGCUCCGGAGCAGGACGAGGUGCUGCAGUCUAUAGACCGAGCCAUCGAAGGAAUCCAUAAUGUAGCCUUAAAAAAUGGAGGCAAAUACAAUCUUGAACAGAGAGAUGUUCUACAAAAGUUGAUCCAUCAUAGAAAGGAGACUCUCUCACGGCGGAGCUCCUCGUCUGCCAGUCACAAACCAGGCAUCCCAUCCUCCAGCAGUGAAAUAUCUCUCAGUCAGACUCCUCCUCCACCCAAUGGCCUUAACCGAGACUAUGGACGACAGGGGGGCGUGCCGCUAUCAGGAAGCAUGGACAAUAUGCAGGGAGAACAGGGCGUUUAUCAGGUGCCACCUCAAGCUCGACGUGCCGCACCGAUCACUCCCCCCCCUGAAAAGCAGCGAAACAGCCGACGUGCAGCAGAGCCAGAGCCCCCCUCCCGAGGGACCUCUCUCCCUCCGUCCCCUGCUCCCUCCCUCUCGAUAAGCACCACCUCCAUAGAGUCUGGCUCCUCCCACUCUCUGGUCUCCUCUGAUGUUAGUCUGCCCAGUGUGUCCAGCACCCCCCCUCCUCCAGUGCCGUCCCGUGUGAAGCCCUCUGCAUCAUCUCUAGACGGGCCCUCCCCUGACUCUUCUCUUCAUUUGGCUCCUGCAAAGAAGAGUCCGGCUCCACAGCCUCCUAAGCCCUCAGCAACCCCUCCUCCUUCACAGCCUGCGGCAGAGGAGGACCAGCCAGAAAAUGAAUGGCCGGUUGCCCCCCCUUCAGUUGCUGGCAGCCCUCCUGGCAGCCCCACUGCGUCUGAACCGGUUCCCAUGACUAUCGGGGCCGAGUUGAUCGAGCUGGUGCGGAAGAACACAGGCCUGAGCUACGAGCUGUCGAGGGUUGCCGUGGGUGUGGUGGUAGGCCACCUGCAGACAGCCUUACCUCAGGCCUCCCGUGCUCUGGAGCAGGUCCUUCUCUCGCUGGUGGAGAGCAAGGUUUUGAGUACAGCGCUGCCACAGGGUCAGGUUUGUCAUGAUGAACAGAGAUUGGAGGUGAUCUUCAGCGACCUCACCCGGCACCGUGAUGACUCCCAGCAGCGGAGCUGGGCGUUACAUGAAGACCACGCUCUCAUUGCCUGCUAUCUGGAAGAGCUGCUGAAGAUACUGACUGAUGCUGAUCCAGAGGUGUGCAAGAGGAUGUGCAAGGCAAACCACUACGAGAAUGUGCUGUCUCUGGUGUCAUAUUAUCAGAUGGAGCUUCGAGUGUCUUUACGGCUGUUGCUGCUUAAAGUGUUCGGUGCCAUGUGCAGCCUGGACGCUGCCCUCAUCUCCACCUUCCUCAACUCCAUCCUCCCCAUGGAGCUGGCCAGGGACCUUCAGACUGACACACAAGAACACCAGAAAAUUUGCUACACAGCUCUGGUUCUUACAAUGAUCUUCUCAAUGGGUGAACAGGUGCCAUAUCAUCACUACGAACACUUGAAUGCAGACUUUGUUCAGUUUCUGCUGGGUGUGGUGGAGGAUGGGCUUCCCUCUGAUCCAACAGAGCAGCUGCCUGACAUCUUCCUGAACCUCCUGCUGUCCUUCAACCUGCACCACACAGCACCCAGCAACAAUGUGAUCAUGCAGGAGCUGAAGAAGAAAAAUGUCAAGAUCCUGUCAGAGAAAGUGCUGCUGCUCCUGAACAGAGGAGAUGACCCGGUGUGUAUGUUUAAACACACCCCGCCUGCACCGCACUCAGUGCUAAAGUUUCUGCAGGAUGUUUUUGCCAGCAGAGAGACAGCUGACAUCUUUUACCGCACUGACAUGAUGGUGAUGAUUGACAUUGCUGUUCGCCAAAUAUCUGACCUUUCACCUGGAGAAAAGCUGAGGAUGGAGUACCUCUCCCUCAUGCACUCCAUAAUGCGCUCAACAGACUACCUGGAGCACCAGCACCGCCUGUCUGACCUGCAGGGGGCGCUGCGCAGGAUUCUCAAUGAGGAAGAAGAUCCAGGAGAAGAGGAAGGGAGCGCUACAGCAAAGCAGAUGGAUAAACUAAUUGUGCAGCAGAUCUUCAAGGAGUACCCGCAGAUUUGUGAAAGCCAGGACUAACCAUAUCAGUGUCAGGCUCACACACUGUAGUCUGCUCCUGUCCGCUGCAGGGAGGUACAAUAAAGCUUGAAGAAGAGGAACUGUUGUUUGAUGGGAUGCCCUGUUUACUGUGCCAGUUUUGCCAAUUCUUUCUGGGACUCUUCAUCAAAGACUGCAGCAUGCACAGAUUAUUUUUGUGGAUGGAGAUUUGUUCUUUCUCUCUUUUUUCUUCGAGGAAAAAAAUAUGACAAAUGCACAAAUCUGUGAGGCCUUGUCAUUAUUGGAGAUUAAAAAUAGCCAAAACAUAGGCCAAACAGCAAAAUCAUGGCAAUAAUCACUAACAAACAUAAAGAAUAUGUAUGCACUCAAAGUGCUUUGAAUUUAAAGUAACAGUAACCAAGACUAAAACUAUUUUUUAACACAAUCAUCAUAAUUGUAUUUUUUGGAUCAACUCAAAUAUUUGAAUGAAUAUAAGGCAGACUUGAUGUUAUGUUACACUUUUUGGUGCCAACUGUUCUCAGAUUGCUUUGACCCUUUCUGUGCUUCCCUGUAAAUGGGACCAAACUACGGUGUGUUAACUGACAAAAUACUCUUAAACCCAACUUUCCUCUAUCACUCAUCUCACUGUUCAUUAUAAGUAGAAUUAAAAUCAAGUGACAUAUAGUGAAAAAAUCACAUUCUGACUCACGUGUAAUCAUAAAUUAAGAAGUUAGCUGAGGAAUUGCUGCUACAUAUCGAGUCUCUCCUCUAGCUUCGUCUGCAGUUUUUUUUUUUUUACAGCUGGUACUUUUGCCCUAUUCUGCUUUUUCAACACUAAAAGACGAUCAUGCAUACUUACAUUUGCAAAUACUCCGCAAGCAUCAGAACUCAAUGACUGUUUACAGAUUGCCUGUUAGACUGAAGGGUUUUUGUCUUUAUGCUGCGCUCUUGUUCAUUCUUACUGUGCUGCACUAAGGCUGUAUAGAAUCUUGCUGUAAUAUACGGAGUAUUGGCUUAUGAAAGCUGUAGCUGAAAUGGUUCUGCACUUACUAUCCAAAUUAUUCGUUCUUUCGAUGUUACCGCUUCUUAUCCGAGGGAGGCAAAGUCUAGAACAUUUCUUUUAUCUCCUUGUGGUUUGAAUACUUCAAUACCAACAUGGACAAUUCCGUUUUUCUCCCCCAUGAUGUUGUGAUUGUUAUUUCCCAUUUUAAACUUGGACUUACCCUUUACUGUCCCUGGCAUGGCUUCUCUGUGUGGAAAGAUGUUUCUGAGGAGGUAGACACAACCUGAAAGAAGUGUUAUCAGUUAUCAGUUAAUGUCUGACUAAUCAUUCAUUAAGUAUUUGUGUGUCUGUUUACAGCACAUGUGAGAGAGGUGGGUGUCUCUUCUUACCGUGGUUAACAUUGUCUGCAAAAUGCUGCAACUGUGUUAUAACAGAACUAAUAAAGCUAUAUUUUAACAGUG